UCACCAUUAGGCCAAUAUUAUCGGACCAUGCGGCCCUGAUUUGCGGACCAUACGGACCAUGGCCGAAUAAAUAUUCAUUUCGUGUUCCACUUCCUUCAAUAUUUGUAUGACCCCUCUGGAGCAUCGACGCACUGUAACUCUACACACAGAUCACCCGAGUAAUACAAAUACUAUAUUUAAUGACAUCUAUGGUAAUUGAUACAUCUUAGUUGAUGUGCGGUGUCGUUCACGGUUGCAUUUAUCACGUGAUAUGUACAAAAUGGCGUCUGCUCUCUCAGAGGAUGAGUUUCAUCGGAUGCAGUUGCAGCUGCUUGAGCUGAGAACAGCCAAAUAUGAACUUGAAGCACAAAACAAGAAACAGGAGCGAGAGCUACAAGCAUUCAAAGAAGCUGCGGACCAUGCAGAGAAGGAGUUGCAGAAAGCACAGAAGACCAUCAACAAAAGCAAGAAAUUAAAGGAGGUGGAGAUAUUAAUACAGGAGAAUGACAGUCUUCAGUUGAAGUUACAGAGUCAGGAGGAGGAUUUUAGGCUGCAGAAUCAGACCCUGAUGCAUGAGCUGAAUACGUUAUGCACUGCAAAUGAAGAGCUGGAGAAGCAGGUAGCAGAGCUGAGAGACUCCACUCCCCGUCCAACACAUCAGACCUCAGACACAUCGGCUCUGGAGGAUGAUAUCAGACGACUGCAGGCGCAAAAUGCAGCACUACAGAAAAAUAUUACAGGUUUGCAGUCGAAGGCUUCAACACCAGAAAGUGAUGCAUCUACUGGGGAAUUACAACCGACGGAUUCUCCUGAAACUCAAUCAUCAAAUGAUGAGGACGUGGCUGAAUUGCAGAGGAGGUUAGACGAGUUAAAGCUAAGCCUGGACACUGAAGCAGAAGAAAAGAAAAUGUUGAAGCAGGAAUUGACAGAGAGAGAGGAGAGACAUUCCAAUGAACUAAAGAAUCUAACUGAAAAAUUGGAGAGGAAUUCAGAAAAACUGAAGAGGAAACAAGAAAGUUUUCUUCAGCUUCAAACAGAGAAAGAGAAUCUGUUCAAAGACAGCAGCGCUAAGCUUGAGGAAGUACAAGCCAGUAAGGAUCGGGACCAAAAAUACUACACAGACCAAAUCUCAAAGCUCCAGCAGGAAAUUGCAAAAUAUCAGAAGCUUCAGGAAGACAGUAGAAGUAAUGCAGAUCAAAUGAUCAAACAACUCCAGAACAAGAUGGCUCAAAUGCAGCAGCAGAUUGAUGCUGCAGACAUAGUUGAAGGUCAACACCUCAAGGAGAGGAGUGCGAAGUACGAGACCCAUAUCAAAGACUUGAAGGCACAGGUGCUUCUACUGACGCAGAGCAGGGAUGACCUGACAGCAAAACUGGAGGAGAGUCAGAAAUCCUCAGCACUCCUGUCAGACCAGAUAAUGAAGCUGCAGAAAGAACGAGACGCCCAGGUCCAAGUGGCACAGGAGGCCAACAAGUUGGCAGAAAAGCGAAAGACGAAUCUUGACGAGCUUGCAAUCAGGUACCAGAAAGACUGUGAUAAACAUCGCGAGCAGAUGCUGUCAGCGGAGAAUGAGUCUGAGACCAAAGUGAAACAGUUGCAACAGAGGCUUGAGCAGGAACAGAGGAAGUUAUCAGAACUUGAGAAGCUUCGCCCAGCCCUGGAAGACCAGCAGUCCAAGGUUGGAGCACUGGAAGAGAAAGCUGGAUGGCUUGAACGCAGCCUUAGAGAGACUGAGGUGUCCUUGCAAAAUACCAAAGAAGAAAAUGAAGUGAAAGUUCAAGAAUUGCAGAGGGAUCAUGAAACAGAAGUAGCUGCUUUGAAAACCACACAUUCCAAAGAAGUUGAAGAUUUAACCAAUACAUUCCAAACAGAAAUACAGUCUUUAAAGUCAACGCAGUCCACACAGACAAAGACCAUAGAGUCGCUGGAACAUGAGGUGAAGAAGUUAAAACAAGAACUCAAGGACGGAGUCAACGAGAAAAAAGUGCACGAGAAAAAGGGCCAGUCCGUCUUAAAAGAUCUGAAGAAACAGCUGCAUGCAGAAAGAAAGCGGGCAGAAAAACUGCAGGAACGUCUCCAAGAGGUUCUGUCUAAUGGCUCACAGAAUAGAAGUAUAGAAGACUUGUUCAGAAGGUCGGAUAUGAACGACUCCUGGAGGGAAGAUCAGAGCUCAGUUUCCUCAUGGAGUGGGAUGGGAACGCAGGCUUCGUAUGCAACCAACCACAGUGGCAUGAGUCCAUCCCCACCGGUAUCCCACUCGUCACCACUGUCUCCAGCUGUGGAGUUACCUCCCUUGGUGAGUCUCGUGGACGCCUCCCAGCAGGUCGAGGGUGAGACCAAGGACCUCCUCAACAGGCUGGCAGAGGUGCAGCAACAGAAAUGGAACCUGGAAGAAAAGGUCCGCCACCUAGAGACAAGCACUGCAGCCAUGGCCAAUGAUCUGAUUGAGAAAGCAAAGAUAAUUGAACACUAUGUCAAGGACAGCAGAACAGACACCAAACAAAGCGUGACUCAUCACAUAGAGGAGAAGCUGACCCUGAAGAAGGUCCUAGACAUAGUCAAGUCUGACGACCAGGGCCUGCGAGACAUGAACAAGAAACUGCAGAACAUGUUGGAGGAAACACUCACCAAGAACAUGCAUUUAGAGAAGGAUCUGGAGACCAUGUCUCAGGAAGUGGUGAGGUUAAGCAAACUUGUGCUGCCCUUAAAAGACAAUAGUGCCACUAGUGGCAACAACCGCCUGCCUGCGGAUAGAACCAUCCACCUUCCAAAACCCUCGCCUGAGUGUUCAACCAAUGGAGUAGCGUCCUGACACCUGAUCACCACAUUUUAAUUAUUAAGUUUUUAUGCCCAUCUUAUGACCUCAACCAUGUCUGUCCAUAUGUCUGUGGGUCAGUCCAUAUGUCUGUGGGUCAUGAGUCCAUAUGUCUGUGGUCAGUCCAUAUGUCUGUGGGUAGGUCCAUAUGUCUGUGGGUCAGUCCAUAUGUCAGUUGGUCAGUCCAUAUGACAGUUGGUCAGUCCAUAGACACAAAAUUGUUGCAAGCGCUUUCCAGCAUUGUUCUGUUUGAUAUGAAAUUGCACAUAAGUUAUUUUCAUCAUCUCAAAUAAAAAAUUACAAGAGUUAUGACCUUUUUACAUCGUAAAAUCUUAUAGCUUCUGCUUGCGGCACAUUACCAAACGAGUCAUCAGGGGGUCAUUCAUCACUGUUUUGACAAGUUGGUGUUUAGUUAUAAGGGCUAACUCGUCAUAUGAGUUUAAUUUUGUGCUGGUGUUUGGUUUGUCCAAUUGUUGGUUUAUAAGCAAUUUAAAGGGACAGUUUUUUGGCUGGCAAAGGAUUAGUUAAAACAAAAAAAAUAUGUGAAAGUGUGAAAAAAAAACACUGAGCGAUGCAAACAACUGUUACAUUAUGGAAUGUUUUCAAAGGAUCUUAUUUUACUGACAGAGUUCUGGUAUUGCAAUAUUAUGCAGAAUUACUCAAGGCUACGAAUUUUGCUGUAAUAUAUCAGUUUCAGAUUGUGAUAUUCAUCUAAAAAUUUGCUACAAAAAACAAACAUAAAACAAACAACACACAACAAAACACACAAUCUUAUUGUUUAUUAUGAAUUAUUCUGGCCAUUUUGCCAUUUUUCUAACAUUUACUGUUAAUUAUUUUUACAAAAUUAAGAUAUUAAGCAUGAAAAGCAUGAAAAGCAAUAUUUAUUUGGUAUUUUGGGGUAAUUCAUUUUCUUUCAAUAUUUUAUUUGUAAUUAAUUUCUGGUCAGUUAUUUAACACUUGUCAAUUGAAGUUUUGUUAUUAAAUUCAUGGCAUAAAUGAUGUUUAAAUACACAGUUUAUAUACUUGUAUUUGCUUUUUAUGACCCAAGUAGGGUGGCAUAUAUCAGUUGAACUGUCUGUCAAUCCGUCUGUCUGUCUGUCAGUCUGUGCGUCUGUCUGAAAACUUUAACAUUGACCAUAACUUUUGCAAUAUUUAAGAAUGCAACUUGAUAUUUGGCCUGCAUGUGUAUCUCAUGGAGCUGCACAUUUUGAGUGGUGAAUGGUCAAGGUCAACUUUCAAGGUCAAAGGUCAAAUAUAUGGCUUCAAAGCGGCGCAAUAGGGGGCAUUGUGUCUCUGACAAACACAUCUCUUGUUUUUUGCUAAAAUUGUUCAUUAGUAUUAAACAUAAAUGCUGAAAUGGUUAUGGCUAUGCUUUGUUGGUGGGCAAGGGUUGAUGAAAUACUCAUCUGGCUUUAUCUUGUUAUGGUGUUCAUUUGUGUAGUAUACAUUUUUUUUAAAUACCAGUAACAAUUUCUUUGAUCUGUGAAAUAUUUUUCAUGAAUACGAAGUGAUGCAAUUUAAAUAAUUGAGCCUUGCUCAGGGAAUACGGGGUUAAUGCAUUGCGUAAAGUGUCAUACCAGAUGUGAUUGGGCACUCAGCACAGGUUAAUCUCAAACGACAUUUUCAGUCAAAUCAGGAUUUUCUUUAACUCUUUCAGUGCGGGAACCGAGUUUUGAAGGACUUUGCAAACAGUUUGGUUCCAGGUGAGACGCCACAGAAUGUGGCGUCUCAUCAGGAUCCAAACUGUUUGCUAUUCUGAUAGUAUUCUGUGAAAAAAAUCAAAGAAAAUGCUUAUUUUAGAAAUUCAGCAGACGACAUUUUAGCAGAUGACAAAUUUCCCAGCAUGCAAAAGGUUAAGAAGAGAUAUCUUUAAAUAACAAAUACCAUAGAAGCAAAGAGUCAUCUCUGACAACACUUUAGGUACAUGAAUUAGGUAUAUCCUGUUUUACCAGAGCAAUGCCCAAUGGUAAAUGUUUCACCAUUGUUUCUGUGUAUUAACUGGCUUUAGCUCUUUCGUAUUAAAAUUUCUGAUUACACCUGACAGAUCAAAAUAAUUUUAUGGCCAGUACGUUUUUAUGUCCCCCACUAUAGUAGUGGGGGACAUAUUGUUUUCGCCCUGUCUGUUGGUCUGUUGGUUGGUCUGUUGGUUGGUUGGUUUGCGCCAACUUUAACAUUUGCAAUAACUUUUGCAAUAUUGAAGAUAGGAACUUGAUAUUUGGCAUGCAUAUGUAUCUCAUGGAGCUGCACAUAUUGAGUGGUGAAAGGUCAAGGUCAUCCUUCAAGGUCAAAGGUCAAAUAUAUGGGUCAAAAUUGCUCAUUUAAUGUACACUUUUGCAGUAUUUCAAUAUUCAAGAUAGCAACUUGAUAUUUGGGAUGCAUGUGUAUCUCAUGGAGCUGCACAAUUUGAGUGGUGAAAGGUCAAGGUCAUCCUUCAAGGUCAGAUGUCAAAUAUAUGUGGCCAAAAUCGCUCAUUUUAUGAGUACUUUUGCAAUAUUGCAGAUAGCAACUUGAUAUUCGGCAUGCAUGUGUAUCUCAUGGAGCUGCACAUUUUGAGUGGUGAAAGGUCAAGGUCAUCCUUCAAGGUCAGAGGUGAAAUAUGUGGCCCAAAUUGCUAAUUUUAUAAAUACUUUUGCAAUAUUGAAGAUAGCAACUUGAUAUUUGCCAUGCAUGUGUAUCUCAUGGAGCUGCACAUUUUUAGUGGUGAAAGGUCAAGGUCAAGGUCAUCCUUCAAGGUCAAAUAUAUGGGUCAAAAUUGCUCAUGUAAUGUCACUUCUGCAAUAUUGAAGCUAGCAAUUUUAUAUUUGAAAUGCAUGUGUAUCUCAUGGAGCUGCACAUUUUGAGUGGUGAAGGGUCAAGGUCAAGGUCAUCCUACAAGGUCAAACAUCAUAUAGGGGGACAUUGUGUUUCACAAACACAUCUUGUUUUGAAAUGUUGUUAACAAUAUAUAAUGUAAGUGAAUCCUGUAAGUAAAAUAAUGUCAUAAAUGUUACUGAUGCAUUUAAUGUUAUUAGUAAAUUAAUUACGGUCAUUAGCAAAUUUUGUUAAGUGUAUGUAUUGGAUAUACUGUAUCGUACAACUGUUACAUAAAUCUGUAAUAACUUGUUAAAUGUUGAUUUUGCUUGUGAUCACUGUUUGUAAGUGAUAAUGGUUUCCAAUACAUUCCAAAUCAUGCUGAAAAUCUGAUACAGCUUGUGUGGCAAAAGUGGUCAGACACUCAGACGCUCACAAAAUUGUGCAGAAUAUUACAACACAUAUAAUUGAGCCUCUCACUCAGAAAACUGGGCUAAUCAGGGACAAAAGAUUAGCCUGUACCAUCUGCACAGGCUAAUCAUGGAGGAUACUUUCUGCUUGUAUUGUAUUUUUCGUAAUUAUAAUUAAAGAAAAUCUCUUCUUAGCAAAAUUUAGUUAAGGCGGACUGCACAUGCCAAUUUGGGACACUUUAUGUUCAUGCAUUAAGUCUGGUGUUCCCAAAGGGUGGCUCAAUUAUUCCCUUGGUUUGGUAUGUGAAGGGGUUUUGCUUGUUGACAUACUUGCAAUAUUUUUGUGUGGAAUACUUGCUGCACUGUUACAAAUACUCAAACUUAUAUGAAUUGCUCUGGUAAAACAGGGAUUAAUGCAUGUGUUUCAAGUGUUGUCCCAGAUAAGGCAGUGCAGUCUGCACAGGCUUAUCAGGGACGACCCUUUCUGCAUUUAUGGGUAUUUUUGGUUCAAGGACGGUUCUUCACUCUUAUGCAGUAAGUCCCAUUUUUCCAGAGCCAGUCUCAUACUAAUGUUAAUUUAGUAUCAAAUAUAUUUGUCCGAACUUGGUGUAUAAAUCAUGUGCAAUGGAACAAUUUCUACUCCUGUGGCUUGUUUUAUAAGGCAUCCAAGAACACAGUUAAGUUACUAUGCAAUUUUUGAAGAAAGUGUAAUGACUAACUAUAUAAUCCUCUAUGAUAAGCCAUGUCAAAAUUGUGAUGUUAUUUCCUUUUAAUCUUUUCCAGGGCCUUAUUUACAGAAAUAUGAUGUUCACAAGUUUGUGUUAUGUGCUAACAAAAUUAGUUGACAAAAGUAAUAUUGUCAUAAAAUCUUAGAUAAAACAGUGCCCAGAGUACAGACCUUUUAAACUUGUUUGUACACAUACGGUAGAUAUUUAGGCUGUCUUUCUUGAAUAUUCCCAUCUCUUGUAACAGGAUUAACUUAAGAUCGCUUUUUUUUGAAAUUGCAACACAUUGAAAGAACAUUACAUUAUAAAAUAUAACAAGCUUUAAAUAUAAAUGUUAUGAUAAUUAAACUACAUAAAUACUUUUUAAACAACACCAUCAACUUAUUUUAUUUAUGACUCCAUAAAAUAAGCGACCCAAGUAAACCUGUUUUUCUAAAAAAAACUUAAGAAUUUUCUAGAAAUAUGUGCCUGCACUGCAGUUUUAUGCAUGUUUUUGCUAAAUUAUCAAUGAAAAGUAUAUUAUAUAUUAUUUUUCUUACGGUAUGUCAAUUGAUGGUUUUGAAUAUACAAACAUAAUUUUUUAAACUUUUUUCUAGUCAGGAUUGGUAAUUUGCUUGUUCCAAUAUAAUGCAUAGAUUAUUUUUUUAAUCUAAGUAACAAAUUACUUUUUGUUGUUGUCAUUUUGCCAAAGAGUGAAAAUGUCCCUGUAAGAAAUAAUUUUUCCAUUUUGAAUAGUUGAUAUGUAAAGAAUUAUUGCGCGUUUUGAUAGAUAGGAAUUCAAACAUGCAUAGUUUAUAUGAAGUUUAAAUUAUAAUAUUUUUUACAUUGAACCAAAAGUCAGAAAAAUAAAUUGUAGUAGAUACAAAAGUUAAACAUUGAACCAAAAGACAUAAACAUACACAAGAUGAGACCAUUUUGAUAAGUUAAAAAAAAUAUAUACAAAAAAAAAAAAGAUGAUUUUUCAGACACAAAA